AUGACCGUCAACGCCCAUGGCGCGAUGAUUCAGAGCGAGAUCGAGAUAUCGCAGACCCGGGGGGAGGUGCUUUCAAUGAUUGGCCCGCUGAUGAAGCUGCCAGAGGCCGUGACGGUGCAUGACGGGUCAGACAUCUUGAUGAGAGGGUUCGACUACAAGGAAGAGCUCAGGGCGGACUGCACUGAGAUCAAAGUGGCGAUUGAGCAGUACCACAAAUCCUUCUCAGUGGUCUCUAGUAUCCCAUCCCACCUGCCAAGGGAUGCUCCGGAGGCGAUCAGGGGCAAGAGGCUCUUUGUGUGCGGACUUCCUCGAGCAACAGUGUCUUCCUGUUUCUUUGCACCCAGAAGGCUUCCUGCCAGGCUUCUCCUGAGGAUAGUCGCUGACACCCUGUUGCACCCCACAAUACUCUGCGAGCCGGGGGAGAAGUGCUAUCAAGGCCCUCUGGGCCAAGGAAAGCAUGCUGUAUUCUUUAGUAUCGGGAAGGAGGAAGUUUCAGAUGGUCUGAGGAUAGUCGCCGGGGAAAUUGAGUCCAUUCGAGAAUUUGUUCGCGCCUACCCGGAGUUCGCAGUUAUAGUGCCGGAUGGAGAGGAUUUGGGGAGCGAUGUUGUGAAUAUUGCCGGUGAAAGCGAAGCACAGAACGUUUCUACUGGACCGGGUGUCUUGACAACAAACGAUGAUGAUGAAGAGGACGAUGAUGAUCAUGACGGGUACGAUGACGACGUCGUUGACAGUGAAGGAUCCAACGAGGAGAGUCUAUACGUUCCGUCUUCAUUCUUUGGAUUUCUACCAGGGUCAGCAAAUCAUCGCUGA